AUGGAGGGUUGUAGCCAUUUGUCUAUUUCUAGAGGUGUUUGUACAUCCUGUGGGCUAUGCUUGGAGUCUGAAUAUGGUUACAUGGCAUCAUAUGCCCUCUACUCAUUCGUGGCACCAAAAAAGAUGAAGUAUCUUGCCAGUGAUAAAUCGGGAAGGUAUAGCAAAAACGUGAAGUCAUUGGUCAACAUUUUGAAUGUGCCGGGAUAUUAUGACGAAGUUAAGCAACUCUUGGAAACAAAAAGGUUCAGAGACAGAAUUGGGGCUAACGACAAGAUAUUAGCAAUAAUAUACAACGUACUUAGAAGGCAUCAGUAUCCAAUAUCAUAUAGUGAUCUAGAGCCUUUCACAGAAAAGACAAGUUCAAGGUUUAAGAGAAUCCUUCUAAGAGAAUUUGAAUAUGUGGAAACAUCUUUGGAAUAUCUUUCAGCUAUCUUCGAUAGAGUUAGAGACUUUUAUCUCACACAGGGAUUUAAGGGAAACCGUUCUCUAAGGGAUUUUGUUUCAAUAUCUAGGAGUAACAAGAACAUAAAUCCCUAUUACCUUUGUCUGGCAUACUUUAUCAAGGAUGAAGACUUGUUAAACACCUGCAAAAAGUUUGAGCUUGACGAGAUUGUAAGCAUGUCCUCUUUGAAAAGGAUUUUAAAGAAGAUUCAGAAGGCAGAAGAUCCAACUGUGGUGCCUAUGAUGAAAAAAAGAUUGAGAAUCAAGGAUAACGCAAGAAAGUAUCUUAUGAAGAGGUUACAGGAUCUGCCGUAUGAAAGAAGAUAG